GAGGAGGUGUUCAGUUACAUCCGAGGCCUUCCACCUUCAUCGUCUUGUCCUUUUAUUUCUCUCAUGUUUUUGUGUUUUCUGUUUUUCGCGACAACUUCAGUGCCAUGCUUUGGCGACAAUCCCUCCUAAGAGGGACCCGUCUCGAUCAUCCAUCGACAUCUCCACUCGCUUUCGCGCUACGGAUCUAUGGUUCCUCGCUAAUACACCAACGACCCGCUGAGGUGGGUCGAAGACGAUGGUUGGCAUCAAUAUCUCCCCCGGUUUCAACUUCGACUUCGACUUUUGCGCAACAGCGAGGUAAUUCACUACCAGACGAAAGCUCUACCUACCGUCCCACGCCUUUAGAUGUACUGCUCAAAGUUAUACGAUGUCAAGAGACUGGUCGUGUCCUCCCAGCGUUCCAAACCUGGGUCCAAUCGUUGGUCAACGAUGAUACUGAGGUCGCCAACGCAGCUCUUCAAGAGCUAGCUGGGCUUCCUGUUGCAACAUUCUCUGAGAUUCUUCGAGCACUUGACCCCGUUGCAAACAAACAUCUCGAUGUUGCACACGAUAUCGCCAUUUCUCCUGGUGAAAUGCAGUUCACAAACGCACACCACCUUGUAGACGAAUUCGGCGUGCGGUAUCAGCAUCGCUUUGUUCUCAACGCCUUGAAGAUCAUCACUAAAGCCCGUCGUGAUGCUGGUCGCAGCCUUGUCCUGUCUGACUACGAAAUCCUCAUCCGUUGUGCGGGCGCCGCUGGAGACUUGGCAGAUGUUAUCUUCUUUUUCAGUGCAAUUACACGCCAUGGCUUGGGACCAAAACGCAGCACGAGAACUUGGAACGAGUUCUUCAAGGCUCGCUUCAUGACCGACCCCGUAUACUACCAAUAUCACCGACAGAGAGUCCUUUAUAAGCCUCGUGAGGGGUACAAAAUAUUUUUCAGGACGCCUCUCAACAAUGUUUGGCGACUGGAAAGUCUCCGACACAGCCGGAAUGCCCUUCGCGCGACCCCCUUUAAUCGUCAACGACAUCGCUUAUGGGCAGACAACAUGCUAUGGAAACGUAAAAAGACAGGUUUUCAAAGUUACUUCGCACAUUGGCGCCGCAGCAAGGAUACUGGUGUUCUACUCAAUGAGGAACUACUUUGUACCACUCUGAUUGCAUUCGCUCGCAGUGGCUCGUUCCAACAUAUACGAGGCAUUGUCCUCAAACGAGGAUUCGGCAUCGGACUGGUAGAAGACAGAAAGACCGGCACCUUCACCGUCGAUGGUUUUAAGACGUUUCGUCCGGGCAAUCCACGAGCUCCCACUGAGCGUCUGCUGAAUGCUAUUGUCGAAGCAUUUGGGUCUAUGAUGCGCAUUCGGCUGGCAUACCAGCUCCUCACCCAUGUCUCAAUCACCUUCCAAAUACCUAUUCCACGCGAAACAUGGUGUAAUCUUCUCAACUGGGCCUAUGUUUGCGGAGUUAAAUCGAAUCAGCGUCAGCGUCGGUUCAUGGAUUUCUUUCCUCCCUCCUCAAAGGUUACUCCGUCAAUGGUUACCGAGAUUUGGGACACAAUGACUUCAGAACCUUACAAUGUCGAGCCUUCGUUCGAAAAUUACAUCGUUUACAUCAAUUCGCUUAUAUUUAAGCAUAGGUUCAGUGCGGCAUUGGACAUGAUACGCGAUCAUGCAGUUCCUCAUUACCGUCAGCUUGAGAAACAGCACCUACAGAGCGUGGUUGACGACGUUCUUCAGGAAGUAUCAGAGCCCAGCCAUAGCCGUCGAACAAUCGAAACACAAAAGGAGCACACCUGGUACCAGAUCGCAAAAUGCCUGGAAAAUCUCCUCAGUGCCGCUUCCAAGGACAGUCGCCGGCGGAAGGGCAACUUUGCAACUACUGCAAUACCACAUAUCGUCACAGAAUUCAGCGAAUUUCUACACGACCAGAUACGCUAUCGCACCUCCCAAGGCUAUGUAUGCCUGGAACGCUCAGUAGAGCUGCCACGCUUCAAAUGGGCUACAAAGUUACGAACGACACUGCCUCAGUUAAAGGGUGGUGUAGAAACGCAGAUGAUGGUGGGCAGGGGCGUGAUUGAAGAGGCAGAAACCUACGAAGAGCGCAAAGAGAACUGGCCCAGAGACUUUGAGAUGAAGAUCCUUGAAUGGAGGCGGAAACCGCUGCCCAGACCCCGUGCGAUGGGGGCUGCGCCCGAGAGGACAGCCGUGGAUGCGAGGGAGUGGUGGAAGACUUUAGAAGAUGAAUUAAUGGUGUAGAUAUAAGGUACCGGUGAUAGAUCUAGACUAUCUAGAUGCCAUGUAUCAUAGACUUAGCGUAGCGAGUCAAGAAUCGUUUUUCUUCGCUUACUAGGUGGUUCAUUCGUCAAUCGUAAUAGUCAACUUGAAAUAAAACAAGAAUGGCAAAUGAUAACAAAAUCUGAUUCAUAA